GACAUUACGUUCAGUAUUUUGCAGAACGCUAGUCUCUACACACUAAACACCUCCACAGAGUCGACAUUCAGAGCUACUUUCUCGCUCACCAACAUCUAUCUACGCUGCUCGAAAAGUUAGUUAGCCACUGCUCUUCUUUGGCCACACAACACAAUGGUUGCCAGUAUCCCACCGCCAGUUUACUUUGCCGUCGGCCCCGAGCCCCACGAAGUCUGCUGCCCCUAUUGUAAACAAAAAGGAACGACUCUGACGAGGCGCUUCAUCAUGAGUUGGUGUGUACGCCGUCACUACUGUUCAUCGUGUGGCGAGUAUUUGGGCACCUAUAGGCGUCCCAAGUUGUAGAUCCGAUGAUUUGGCAGCAGCGCCACUACACCAUAGCUGUUUAUGAUUUGUUUGAAAAUAUCAUUUAUGAAUAAACUUUGUAGACCCUCCAAAGUAUUUGCAAACUUUUUACGAAUAAACAAAAAUAAUUUAUAGAUAAAA